AUGUCCUUUUGCAUGUCUGCUUCUGUCACUGCGCAGUCGUCCGCGAAGGGCAGGUCAUGGACAGUAGUCGCAUCGGAAUCUGUUGUUGAGGAGAUGGGCAUCGGUCCCGUAGACGAUGCAGACCCGGGGGCACUCAUCGCGGUAGGCAUCCAUCAACGUGACAGAGAACAUGAGGAUGAAGACGAUGGGAGCGGGUACGCAGCCCAACAUCAUUCCGUCAGUCGCUGUGAAUGCUUCUGAGACAGUCCCACUGCCCGCGUGCCGUCAUCCCGCCGUAGAGUUGUCACACCAUGUGCAUGCAUCGUUCAGGCCAGUGGAAUUUCUGCAUGAUUCUUCACAGUCCUGCGCGGUCUAUCGUGUCAAACGCUUCCGCCAAGUUGACGAAGGUAGUGUAGAGGCGGGUUUGAAUCUCCUGGCACUUUUCUUGAAGACGGCGUGCGGCAAAGAUCGUGUAGAGGGAAGCCAUACCGGCUUUUCGAGAUAAGUACUUGUUCGAGACGGCAAUUGAGGCAGUUAUAGAGGAUGUGAGCAAAGACAAUUCCGGUAUGUUAAGCAACGAAAUGCCUCCAUGGUUAUCACAGAGUUUACGCUUCCUUUCCGUCCGUAAAGAUGGACAGUUGUCGGGUCCCUGGAAUCCUGCGGAGCUUGUCCGCAGCACCAAAUCUCUUGGAAUAGCGUCGUAGGUUGAUACAUGAUCUGGGGGCCACCGUGCUUGCAGACUUCGGCCGGAAUCACGUCCGAUUCCGGUGCUUUCCCGCUGAAGAGUUGGUCCACGACUAGGACGGGUCUGGAAGGGAAUACGGGAGGACCAAGUCGUUAUGCAUUCCAAUCUGGGGUAGUCAGCCGGUGGCAGCGUCUGAGAUUGUGGAGGGACGGUUGUGGACUUUUCUGAAGUGCUGAGCCCAGAGCUUCAUGAUCUCGUAUUUCUCCGUCAGAAGUGUUGUUACGUUGAAGCUAAGAAGUGACACAGUUCCCUCAACUGUGCGGUCGUAGACCGUCUUGACUGAUGCGAAAGAAGUCCUUUGUCUCACUGUGGUUUGUGCCCGUGCGGGCAUUGCAUUUACCAAAGAUAAUUAGCUUGUCCAUCUGUUGUACAGAUGCCAGGAGGGCGUGCAGAUUAUCGUAGAAGUUGUUCUUCGCCCCGUUGAAGCUGGUCAUUAGGGAGGAGGGAGAGAGCGUAGGCACUGAUUAUGCUGGCGAAUUUGGCUACCCAAAGGGGCAGGCGCGAUGUCAUGAGGCGGUCCUUGAUGGCCUGCGGCAGACACAACAGUUGUCCUACGAUGUCGUUCCGGAUGGCAAAGGCGACGCCUGCGUCACGUCGCCCUGCUUUUGGGCGGCCGCUCCAGAAGAGGGUUUAGGCGUCACCCACCUUCCCCAGUUGGCCUUUUUAGGAGAAGCAGAUCUCGCUGAGAGGAGCGACGCCCAUUAUGAGACGCCCCAGUUUUUGAGCGAAUGGCGCCGUCCUCCGUUCCGGCCAUUUGCUCUUUGGAUUGUCUAG